AUGCGGUUUACCAUCUCGCGGGCAGCUUACCCAUCUCCCGCUCAAGCUCGUCCAGGAGCAAUAAUACCCUUAAACAUGUCCCUAGCCUCGUCUGCACCUCCUCGGCCUGUUCUUCUCAACAAGACGACAAACGCGCUGCUGUCGCCUCGAAAGCACAACUUGGAGCCGAGCAUGGGCAGUGACGAUAAUUUUAGUAAGCAGGUGACUAGGAACCAUACCCCGUCGUCUCCUAUCCAACUUGUUGGAAAGAAACGGACUAUAGACCAGGUCGAUGUAGACCAACAUAGACCUAGCACCGCCACCAGUUCGUUUAAUAGCCAGAAUAGGAGGGAGGACGAGUUUUAUAUCUACGAUGAGAGCACACAUUCCAGUAUGGAUAUUGAUAAAGAAGUAUGUUUCUCCCAUGGCAUAUGA